CCCUCCUCAGUCUCUCAGUCGUGGUGCAGCAGCCAUGUUGCCGUGAGCCUGUUCCGGUAUCAGGAUCGUGCGCAUAGGCUGUAAUCGGGCGCAGCUCCUCGCCCCUCUCCGCCACAGGCUCGGUCACCAGGACACGCACCUCGCGAUAAUGGAGUUUACGAGCCCCUGAAUGUCCCCGGUGUCGUCGAGGCACGGACAUAACGGCGAUCGGUGUACCGACAGGACGGACUGGUUCUCCGCCACACUGCAGUGCAGCACUGUGAACGACCUUAUUCCAGGCACGCCACACGGGCACGCCACACGGGAACGCCAGAGGCGCACAGAGCCACACAGAGGGAGAGCCGGUGCUCCGUGGAUCCAGUGGGAGGUUGGCUGUGGUAGUUCCUGCUGUGGCCACACACACAGGCACACACACACACACACACACACUCAGACACACACAGGCGGUACGCAGCUCGGAGCAGCACCGUGUUUAGCCACACGGGCUAAUUACCACCGGGAUACAACUUCCAACUAAAGUGAGAUCGGAGCAGUAGCGCUGGUCCGUGGGCUCUCGGGACUCGCUGUGGACACAACUCCGGGUUCUGUCUGUGGAUUGUUCAGUGGGAUUUGGAAGGUCGAGCGCUGACCGGGAACAAGUUUGGCCUGAAAAGUUUGGAUCCGAGCUGCUUUACGAUCAAAAUGCAAUUUCUGGGCCGAAUCCGACAAACUUCCACGUAAAGAGAGUUCUUGGAGGCAGCAGUGUGUUUGUUCGUAACAUUUGUCCGUGUCCGUGGUGUUGGGACGGGGUUAGCUCCCUCACUUGUUAGCAUGCUAGCCUGAUUGAGCCGUGUCUGGUGAAAAGAGCCAUUAACACUGCCCAACUUUUCCUGGAGCUAGCGCAGCGGCUAAGGCCGAGCUCACCUCCCCGGGCUCAGAGCUCACUGUGACGGUACUACAUGCCCAGAGGAGCCGGGCCUGUCCCACACGGUCCCUCAGAGCUGCAGACGUGUUUUUAGUGUUCUCUGUGCGGACAAACAUGGGACGUGGACUCGCUGCUAGCUAGUGUCGCUAGCCGGCCACAGGCUAGCCGCUGAUGCGGGUUCGCCGUAGAUCACAGUCUACCUGUUGAUUCUGCUAGCGGGCUAGCACGGGACAUCCGCUGGAGGAUUCAUCCACAAGCUUUUAAAUGUGCUCCAGAGACUGAGGAGAGUGUGUUUCCCUGUUCAUUUCUCUCUUUGGAACUCCAAACUCAUUCAACAUGUCAACAAGGCCCCCACUGGUGCAAGUCAUUGAAAACUCGACAGGACAGGAGUCCAAAUCUUCGUCCAGCCGCUCCAGCAUGGCCCGCUGCAGGAACUCUGUGGCCACAGAGGGAGACCAGCCACACAUCGGCAACUACCGCCUGCUCAAAACCAUUGGCAAAGGCAACUUCGCCAAGGUCAAACUGGCCCGUCAUGUGCUCACCGGCAAAGAGGUGGCUGUAAAGAUUAUUGAUAAGACACAGCUCAACUCCUCCAGUCUGCAGAAGCUCUUCCGGGAGGUGAGGAUCAUGAAGAUGUUGAACCACCCCAACAUAGUGAAGCUCUUCGAGGUGAUCGAGACAGAGAAGACGCUGUACCUGGUCAUGGAGUACGCCAGUGGAGGAGAGGUGUUCGAUUACUUGGUGGCCCACGGCCGCAUGAAGGAGAAGGAGGCCCGUGCCAAGUUCAGACAGAUUGUGUCAGCAGUGCAGUAUUGCCAUCAAAAGUGUAUAGUCCACAGGGACCUGAAGGCGGAGAACCUGCUGUUGGACGCAGACAUGAACAUAAAGAUUGCAGACUUUGGCUUCAGUAAUGAGUUCACCUUGGGAAAUAAGCUGGACACGUUCUGUGGCUCUCCUCCGUAUGCUGCCCCAGAGUUGUUCCAGGGGAAGAAGUACGACGGGCCCGAGGUGGACGUGUGGAGCCUGGGGGUCAUCCUUUACACUCUCGUCAGCGGCUCUCUACCCUUCGACGGACAGAACCUCAAGGAGCUGCGAGAGCGUGUGCUGCGUGGGAAGUACCGCAUCCCCUUCUACAUGUCUACUGACUGUGAGAACCUCCUCAAGAAGUUCCUCAUCCUCAACCCGUCCAAGAGAGGCAGCCUGGAGCAGCAGAUCAUGAGGGACCGAUGGAUGAACGUGGGCUAUGAGGAGGAGGAGCUCAAGCCUUACAUCGAGCCACAGCCAGACUACAAGGACCCGCGCCGGACAGACGUCAUGCUGCAAAUGGGCUUCUCUCAGGAGGAGAUCCAGGACUCGCUGGUUAACCAGAAGUACAACGAUGUGAUGGCUACCUACCUACUACUGGACUACAAAAACUCAGAGCUGGAGGAAGGCUUCAUCAAGCCCCGCCCAGGAAGUGAUGUAAGCAACAUAAACGCCCCCUUCCCGCUUCACAAGGUACAGCGCAGCGUGUCAUCCAACCAGAAGCCUCCAAACCGCAGAGCCACUGACCAGGGGUCGUCCUACUCCAAGAGAGGAGGACAGGGGGACAAAGGCAGCGGCACCACCGAGGACUCCAGCAGGAAGGGCUCGUCCGGCAGCUCCACCACCAAGGUCCCAGCCAGCCCCCUACCCCCGGACCGCAAGAAGAGCGCCACCCCCUCCACUAACAGCAUCCUGUCCACUGGCAGCCGCAGCAGAACCUCCCCUCAGACCGAGAGGGCUACACUAGGGUCCGGCAUCCACAAUGGCAAAGACAGCCUGAACACCCCGGGGUCCCGUGCAUCCACCGCCUCUGCCACGGCCGUGCUCUCCUCAUCGUCCUCGCGCCCCCGACACCAAAAGUCUCACUCGUCCUCCAACCACCCCUGUCCCUCCGAGCUGCACGCGCCCCGCUCCAGGCAAGUCCUCCUCACCCACUCAUCCUCAUCUUCAUCAUUAUUACUAAAACAUUAAACACCAAAUGACUCCUGGGUAAAGAAAAGUACCUGUACAGUUACAUGAGGAAAGUAUGUAUGUGUUUUUUAGACGACUAAGGCUGUCAAAAGGAUCAGCUACUAAUCAACACUAAAACUAGUACUGAAACUAGAUCAUUAUUUGAGCACGUAUCGGUAGUAAAAAAGUCCCAAAGAUAGGACAACAAUUAACCAGAACAAGUGUAAAAAAGAGCACAUGGUAGUACAUGGACCACUCUGUCCUACGAAGGCAAAAAACCUUACCUCAUCAGAGUGUGAAACUGAGAAAAAAAUGAUUCAAAGUUUCUGUUUUGUCCAGAUAAAAGUAGAAUAGGCAGGGCUCCCAAAAUUUCCCAAAAUCUAGUUUCUAUAAUGAAGAAAUAUUUGUAUGUGAAAAAUAUUGAGCUCAAAAUUGACCUUAUUUGUCAGUUCCUGUUCUCUGCCUUUGUAUCAUGAGCCAAAAAUAAGGAGUCGUGCAAAGACAAAAGGCAGAAACUGACAUGAUCAUGAUUAUUUGGUUGAUUUUGCCCAGACUUCCAUCCAUUAUAAGAACAUCUCACCAAUAUCGAGUCAUCAUGUGUUUGUUUCAAAUGAAAUACAAGAGCUUUGGAUUUCCUGUUUAGUGCUGAUCAGGAUCGUGCGGCGACACUUCCAAAAGUGAAACAGUUUAACACAAGUGACUUUACAGUAGAGUGUGUACAGUUUGAAUAAAUACACACAGUACUGUCACAAUUAAGAUUAUUGACAUAGAAUUGAAUACAGACUAGAAUAAGACCCUGUGCCAAGGCCAAAACAAAAAGUAGGAGGUGAGAGGUUGGAUUUUAAAAUCAAAUAUAUUUAUGAACUAAAUCACAAAAAAAACAUACAUCGUUUCUGCCUUUGGCCUUUGCAUGACUCUUUAAUUUUGGCUCAUAAUACAAAGGCAGAGUACAGGAACUGACAAAUGGGUCAAGGAAAUAUAUCGGGAAAUAUUUUUUCCAAUAUUUAUUCACAUGAUAAAGUAGGUCUCAAAUACAAACAAAAUGAAGUGAACAAAUUUUUGACCAACCAUGAUGUUUCGGCGUUCUGACUUUGUAGAGCAGCACUAUGGAACCUACCUGGACCACUGAGGAAUUACACAGAUAAAAGGCCACAUGGGAAUAGAAAAGAAAGUAUUACCAUUUAAUGUUGAAAAUCAUUCUAUUGUCAGGUGUACAGAUAAUGCUCAAGAGGUGUGGCAUGGUUCAGAAAGUCAAAUUCUCAUUGAUUUUCUGCAUAGACUUAGUGUAAACAAGUGGGCUUUUGCUGAAAACUGUAUAGAUGGAAUUUUAGUAUCAAAAUCAAUUUUUUUCAUUUUCCAUUUAAAUCCAAAAGAAGUUCAUUUCCUGCGUUGUGGCUUCGCUUCAACUCUGCCAAGAGGUCCAGUGUGACCUCAGGUGCCUCUAUCAAACGCAUGCCCUGACCAGGAGAAUGUGUGUAGUGUAGUUGGAGUCGUACACUACAGGAGCAUGACAGCUUUCACCUGUUUUAUGUUCUUUUCUCAUCUGUUAUUAUGUUGUUUUCUCAUCACAAACAGACCUGGAGUUGUGUUUUGUCUCAUUCACACAUGAUUAACACUCAGACCCUGCAUAUUUAGGCGGUGUUCUUGUUCAAGAGGAAAACACUCACUCCACUUUGUGAUGUCAUGUGGUAAUACAGGAAGUGCUCCAUUGUGUUUUUAAACUCUCUACACCUUCACUAGAAUCAUUUUUGAUCAUUUCAGCACUAGAAUUAAUCUCUACUAAACUAAUGGUAAAGACAGCUGUUACCACUGCAUGACAUCACAAGGUAGAACAGAGCAUUUAGAGCUUUGGAGAUGUAGACAGACUCAUAAUAAAAGACUACUCAAGCAGGGGUGAAUGAAAGAAAACACAAGUCUACAUCUGUUUUUAAGGAGAUAUUUAUUAUUUAUUAUUAUUUUACAUAAGACAGGGCCUUUAAAGUUAAUGCCAUAACUGUUACCUAAUGUAAUGAAGGGAUAAAUCCUAAAUUCCAGAACAGAACAAAAGACAACACUUUUAUUUUGUGAAUGGUUAAAUGUCAGAAGAAGUCCUUCCUUGUGCAUAAAGUGCAUCUGCAUUUUGGUUGGAGUUUUCUGUGGUGAUGCCCACAGAAGAAGUUUUUGUGGAAAAAAUGGAGAAGCAAAAUACUAAACUACACAAACUGAUGUAAAUCUGUGAUAAAUAUUGUGUACUAUCCCACCAAACCAAGUGAGAAUUAGAAAAGCCUGUCAUAUGCUUUAUAAGGCGGUGCCCAGUUGGGAGGUGUGUUUUGGCCUGGAGUGUGGGUGACCAGGUGAUUAGUCCCACUUCAGACUUUGCAAAUAUAACUUGAUGGGGCACAAUGACACUAUGCAGCAACUCGUGACCAUAAGAUUUUUGUUGAAAACUAUUUCUGAAUUUUGAUAAACCAGAAGGGUCUAAAUAUAUUUGGUUGCAUUUUAAAGUUUAAUUUAAAAAAAAAAGUGAUCCUUCUAGUGACCACGUAAGCCUCUGUCGCACCUUUAAACUCUCUUAAUGUGAAUCUGACUUAUGUAACAACAAAAGCCAGCGCACUGUGCUCUAUUGUGAUGCUGGAUAUGACCCGUCACAAACUCUGCCCCCUUGGCUGUGAUUGGACCACUACCAGGAAAUCUAAUCUCCUCGGAGCACUGCCAGAUUGACUUGUGUGUUUAGAGUACCAUAAAAGGUAUAUGAGAAGUGUAUGUAUGUGUAGAGUAAAGAGCCCAGCGUCCCGGUGCUGUGUCGCUGCAUUAUGUGCACAUGAGCUGCACUAAACUGAGCCCUUCUGUGAGCAGUUCCUUAGCAACAGUAUCCGGGGAGAGAGUCUGCUUUGAGGCUGUCUUUUAGCAGUCACUUGAGCUCUGAUUACCCAGUGCCUGUGAACACAACCAGACCAGCCGGUUUUACCUCCCUCUCUACCUCACUCCCUCUCAACUUCACUCACUCUCCUCUCUUCUUCCCUCUCCUCUCUCCCUCUUCGCUUGUACUGUCCCCCCUUCCCUUCCUCUCCCCCUUUCUCUUUCCUUUCCUCUCUCCUUUUAUCUUUUCCUUCCUUUCCUCUCUCCCUCCCUCUCUCUUUCCAUCCUCCCCUCCCUGCAUCCCAUCCUCUCCCGCUUUCUCCUUCCCUACCUCUCUCCUUCCCUCUUUUCCUUCCUUCCUUCCCUCCCUCUUUCUCUUCCUUCCAUCCUCCCUCCGUGCGUCCAUCCUCGCUUAGGUUUGUGUACACAGGACACAGAGCAGCGCAGGUUGGACCAGGCAGAGCUGCUCCAUCACUCGCUCUACUCACCUACAGUACAGCAGUACUUUGAAAGAGGCAGGUCAGCUUCACAUCUCAACAGCUUUAGUACUAGUUAGCGCUGGAGUUACUUUAACAGUAUUACACACACAAGUCUGCACAUUCCAAAUAACUAAUACAAAGAGUCAGUUUUGUGAAAACACUAAACACUAAAUCAGCAUUCACUACUGGUCCUAGUCCUUUGUGGCAAUUUUAGUGUAAACUAGGUCACCUUAGAACUUUCUGGUCAAGAACAGUGAGGGUGCCGCCUCCAGUGGCUUUUGUCCUUAUUGACAAGUUUUAGUAUAGUCUUAAUCUCAUACCAGAAACGGCCAUUAUGUCGGGUUUAAAAAAAAUUAUUGUCCUCAUGGUGUCAAAAUGGACAGAUAUUUCAUAGAUGGUUGUACCCAUCUGCCCUUGUAUCCCUGCCCCUAUGGCCCACUCCUCUUGUUUGCUGCAGUAUGAUCAGCAUGAAUGCCUCUAAAAACAGGCCGUACACUUCCUGUUUUUAGCACAUAUGCAUGCUCCACAGUGUGUGACCAGUGCUCUGAUCCAUGUGCUGGUGUCCUCUGUGUGUGUCCUCUGCAGUGUCUGGGCUCAGGGGACACUUGGACCACUCUCUUUAGGGACAAACGACAAGCACUGUCCACUGUUUGCCAAGUAGAGACUGAUUGGGGCUUUUCAUGGACCAUUCACUUCACCAGUAUUUAGAAUCCAGAGUGUACAAAAGCAAAUGUGGAAGACUCAUUUUGAUCCUAUAAACACUAAUCAAGGCAAAAAACUGUUGCAGCCACAUUUAGUACAGUGCCCCCUUCUGAUAGACUGAAGGUAAUGUUGCACAGUCUGCACAAAUCAUGCUGUAGUUUAUUGAGGCCUCUGCUGGAGCUUUUAAAGUGUAUAUGACAGGUUGAACUGCUCAUUUUAUUUAAACACACUUAAGAUAUUUAAGAUUUUUGCUAAAAUUGUUAGCAUUUGUUUCCCAGUUUGGCAGUAUUUUCAUGCUUUCUAAUUUUACUCACACUAGGGGAUUCCAUAACUGUUACCUAGCAACCAUAUUGUUCCAAAGCUCCUCUAAUGUCACAGAGAUUAUGAUUUGACAAAUGCAGAUAUAAGAGAACACCUAUAUUUUGUUGAGAUAAUGUGUUAAGUAUCAGAAAAAUUAGUUUCUUGUGUAAAUUGUAGUAAACUUUUGGAUAGAUUUCUCCCAGUGCAAUAUCAUCAAUGUGGAGCUCUCUAAAAUAGAACUCUCUACUUCCUGUCAUUUUCAACAUGGUUUUCAACUUUUAUUCACAAAUUGCUUUUUUAUUUGUAUAAAACUAUAAUUUAUAUUUGCAACAUAUAUUAUCUCACCAGAUAACAGCGCCCUCCACACCUGUAAUACACACUUUAAGCCACUGUCAAUACAGCGUAUGUGCAGAUAUGUGUCAGACAUACAGAUGAACCUCUAGAAAGGAAACUUAUGUAUGCGUCAUAUCUCACAGGCUUUUGUUAUGGCCUCUGCUUCUAUUGUUUUUUAAAAACUGCAGUCUGCUUGGCCAUUGUUUAUUGUGGAGCCCAGUAACUCAAGAUAAAAGAUUCACUUAGAGUCCAAGUAUCCCCUCCCUCUGUGUGGGUGCUCUGUUUUAGUGCUCUAUAUUAGUAUACUGAGUUGGUGCUUUGUCUGGGUGCUCUGUGCUUGGGUGCUGUCCCUUGGUUCUCUGUGUGGGUGCUGUGGGUGCCGUGCGCCGUGUGUCCGCGUGGGUAAGCCUUGUUCUGUUGCAUGCUCCGCCCUCCCGUCCUCCCUCCGUCAGUGAGCUUGGCCUGUUCAGGAGCUGGUUGGGAACUCUGGAGAGAAGGUACCUCCCUCCACCUGUCCUCCUACUCAACCUCCUCCUCCAUAGUCUGCUCAAGACACAGGAGGAGAACUAGGCUCACAGUGCUAUUGUGAGGAUUUCACUUAUGUUGGUCAUAGUAAGUCUUCUAUAAAGACCAGACUGACCCUGUGUCUCCAUGAGAGCUUAUUGUGUGCAAAAGCUGCUAACUGUGUAGUUUAGCCCUCCAUAAACAUGUUUUGAAAUCUUGACAAUAGUUCUGGUCAUGUUUUUUAAAAAGUGCUGUGAAAUGAACCUUGCUCAUAAUGUCAAAUGUCAUAAGAAAUUCAGAAAGAUGGUACAAAUACAGAAAUGAGUUGUACUUGUCUCUUGAACUCAGCCUCUAACUCUGUUUGAAAUGACUUAAAGUCUGACUUCUUUUGACAGGUCCUAUGAGACGUAAACUGUCCCACCUGUCCCUGAAAAUCUGCUGCUGUCUGUGUUUGUGUGUUUGUGUAUGAGACCACGGUUUAUGUCAUGUAUGUGUGUGUGUCGUGCGUGUCCAGUGUGUGGUGUCUUCUACUUAGUGUCCAUCUGCUGUGACCUCUACUGAGGCACUGUGGCACCCUGAGGUGCUCCUGUGGUGGUUUCUGCUCUUUAUCAAGAGUGUUAUAUGUCUGUAUGUUACACAAACAUGUGACACAUCUUUUAUAACCCAGAUUCAUAA